UCUUUAGAAGACGUUAAGACUUGCUUUUCUCAGUAAAGAGACAUUUUUUGUUCACUACAAAAAAAAGUACAACUUACAAGACCACUGAACUGACCACUUACCGCACACGCACGGACGGUUAUUAUCAGUUUAUUGUGUUUACAAAUGUCGUGCGUGUGUAUGUGUUUUCUUGCUCCAUGGUUUGUACACACUCGGCUCACUCAAGACACAGUAUAUGACCAAUUGUACUACUACUACAACUAGUACUACUGUAGAGAGGAAUAUCCGUAGAGAGAACUGCACCGCGGUAAAAAGUACUUGUAAUUUUGUAUUGUAAUUGUAAAAUAUUCUAACUUUGGCUGCCUUCCCAAUUGGUUAUCUUGAGCUACGACUCCAGCAGCACAAUGGAAAGUACAGCCGUGAAUGGAAAACAGGAGAAUGAAAUGUUGGAAGACAACACAGAAAGUAAAGUGCAACUCUCCAACGGCAAAGUAGAGAUCACCAUGCAACCAAAAGAAAAGAAACCCGGGGAUGACGGAUGUUUGUCGGACAACGCCAAAAAGGUCAUCUACGGCUUGCUUCUAGUGAUCGGCAUUGCCCUGUCGUGGGUCAGCGCCACGCAGUUUGCUAAGAGCACGUACUCGGCCACAUUUAAUGCUCCUUUUUUCGUCAUCUGGUUCAGCACGGUCUGGAUGAUGGUGUGUUAUCCCGUGUAUGUGGUUGGAUCCUUCAUACUCUUUAAAGAAAAGAGGAAAGCUGGCAUACGCUCUCUUUUCAGGGAAGAUCAAAAAAUUUACGGAGACAGCGGUCUGACGAUCCUGACCUACUUCAAGUAUAUCGGCCCGUUCACCAUCUGUUGGGAGGCCACAAACUACAUGUAUAUUCGCGCCCUGGGGAGCAUACACGUCACCGACGCUACGGCUCUCUUUACUACAAACACAGCAUUUGUCUACAUCUGCUCUUGGAUCUGGCUGAAAGAGAAAUACAUUCUUAUUCCGGCAAGGAGUUUUUCUGUCCUGAUGUGUAUUAUGGGCACGGUGCUGAUGUGCUAUUCCGAUGGCUUUGGAGGGGGUCGAGCGGAGGGAGUGGUGUUAGCUCUUGGAGCAGCUUUGGGUGCAGCUCUUUAUAAGGUACUAUUCUUCAGGGUGGUCGGCAAGGCCACCUAUGGACAAGUGUCUCUCUUCUUGUCCCUACUCGGUGUGUUUAACCUCGUAUUCUUCUGCCCCAUCAUGGUGACCCUGUACUUCACUGGCGUCGAGAAAAUAGACUGGGGCAACCUACCGGGGGCCUUCCUGUGCGGGAAAGCAGCCUUGGGACUGGUUUUUAAUUUCUUGGUCAACUUCGGUAUAGCGGUGACCUUCCCCUUGUUCAUUGCCCUUGGUACAGUCAUAGGAAUUCCCCUCAACGGAGUUGUGGACUCACUAUUCAGAGACACACAGUUUGGAUGGGUGAAAAUUCUGGGAGCUGCAUUCAUCAUGGUCGCCUUUUUCAUCAUGCUGGUUCCGGAACCCCUUCAGAGGAAAGUGGCAUGCUGGAAAGAGGGCCAGUGUCCAUGUGAGAGGCAGACGCUAGACCGGGAGAAAGAGGGGGUGGAUUCUGAUGCGGGUGAAAAGAGGGAGGGGGAAAACUGGAUGCGACUCAAACAAGACGACAACGAGGAAAAUGUACAAGUAUGAUUUUCUGUUUAUAAGCGAAUGGAGAGAAUAAGUGUCGCCCUAACUUAUAAGAGUAAUUUAUUGGGACCCUUCCCCACUCUAAACAAAUCCAAACGGUAACUCAACAUCCAAGCUGUUGGAGUCUGAUUAUGC